CAUAGGUUUUUCUGCUCUAUAUUUAUUUAUUUUUCAAUAAAUAAUUUUCCUGCAAAGCUACCUUUCCCGCCGUCCCUUCCUGAAACCCAGAGGGUCCCGUUUCUUGCUCCUACUCCUGUCUCCUACCCAUCUCCGCCGGCAUCCCCACAGCCGCUCACCGCUCUCUCUUUGCUUCCUAUCUAUUUUCCCUCCACCAACCAAUCGAAAUUUCACGACUUGUUCAGUUUUGAGUCAAUCAUUCAAUCAGCGCCUUUUCAGUUCACCCGGAACCCUAAACCCAGUUUCUCCGGUGAGUGGACUUCAAAUUCCAGACCAAUUUGUUUGCAAAGGUCUUAUCUUUUUCUCUUCCGGCGUAUUGGGCUGGCGAUUCCAACUGGAAAUUCAUCUUCCCCGGCUUCGGAAUUUGUGCUUAAAUGGAAAAUGAAGCAACCGCUGCCCUGAUCGUGAUACCCAAGCUCCAGAAGCUAUCGGAUGCUGCCGAGGAAGAAGAAGAAAGGGGAGAGAGGGAAGGGAUCGAAUUGAAGAGCUUGAGAUUAUGCCUCAAGUUGUUGUGCGUAGAGGAUCAAUCCAAACUCUGGACGGCGUGUCUGUCGUGGUCGGUGUUCUUCCUUCUCGCCAUUGUCAACCCGAUCGUCUCCCACUUUCUCCUUCUAUGCGCUGAUUGUGAUCAAGAGCAUCAGCGGCCUUACGACUCCGUGGUGCAGCUGUCACUAUCUGUUUGUGCUAUCAUUUCUUUCUUCUGCCUGUCUUAUUGGUCUCGCAAGUAUGGGUUCAGGAAGUUUCUGUUUCUGGACAAGUUGGAUGAUGAGAGCCCCCGGAUUCGGCGAGGAUACCAGCAGCAGCUCAAGAGAUCAAUGAAGCUUCUCUGCACAUUUGUGCUGCCAUGUUUCGCGGUUGAGAGCGCGUACAGAAUAUGGUGGUAUGCUACAGGAGCCUUCGAGAUACCCUAUCUGGAGAAUGUGUACUUGAGCGACAUAGUCAUUUGUACAUUGCAACUGGCCAGCUGGGUUUACCGCAUUUCGAUUUUCAUCCUGGUCUGCAUUCUAUACCGGGUCAUUUGCCAUCUCCAGAUACUCAGACUGGAGGAGUUCGCCGACUUCUUUCAGACUGAGAGUGAGGUUGGCUCGAUCUUGAAAGAGCACCUCAGGAUCAGAAGGAACCUGAGGAUUAUCAGCCAUCGGUUCAGAAGGUUCAUUCUCUUGUCUCUGCUGUUGGUCACCGCUAGUCAGCUGAUGUCAUUGCUUGUCACUACUCGGUCCUCUGCUACUAACAACAUCUACGAGGCUGGAGAACUAGCGCUCUGUUCUAUUAAUCUGGUGAUAGGGCUAUUCAUAUGCUUGCGAAGUGCUACGAAGAUCACCCACAAAGCACAGGCCAUAACUAGCCUCGCCGCCAAGUGGCACGUCUGCGCUACUAUCAACUCAUCAUACGAUCCAAACGUGGCGGAUGGCAAUACUCCAACCAGCCAUCGGGUAUUUGAUCCCAGCUGUGGUCAGGUGCACCCCAUCAAUAUAGACUGGGUUUUGGAUGAAGAUGGAGAUGAUAAAGAAGAAGAAGAUGAUGAUGACAACUCUGACAGCUCCAACAUGGUGCCGAUUUUUGCACAUACAAUCUCUUUUCAAAAGAGACAAGCUCUAGUGACUUAUCUAGAGAACAACAAGGCAGGAAUGACGGUAUUUGGGUUCAUGAUGGAUAGAUCAUGGCUUCACACCAUAUUUGGAGUUGAAUUAGCCCUCCUCCUGUGGUUGCUUAAUAAGACAAUAGUGAGUUGGACUUGAAAGAAGCAGUCAAAGCAGGUGGACGCUUGAGUGCUAGCUUGCACAUCAUGAGAGAACUUGCAGACUGACGAUGCUGCAAAUCAAAGACGCCAAGGCUUUUCCAUGCUUAUAUGAGUUAUGUCGUUUGCUGUUUCCUGUAACUCUUAGUGUACAGUGUAUAGCUUUUACGCAUCGAUAUAAUCCAGAUUCCAGACCCAUGUAUUAUUGUAUAUCUGCACGUAUUUUACUUCGCUGAGUAACAGCUAAUAUAAAAUUUUGUACGGC